UGAACUCGGGCUACUGGAUUCAGAGUCCAGUGUCCUAACCACUAGACCAUAGGACCAAUUGCUGUGAUGACGAGGCUACUACGGCAAACAUAAUGAAAAUAAAAAUACUCAUCUUCCUCCAUUUUUUUUCCUCUCUCCGAAGGGGAAUGGCCGACGCCAAGCAACACACGGGCUCCGGCGACGAUGGUGGCGCUCCGGAGCUCUCCGCGCACACUCCAGCCACGCCACCGCUACCUUCCUCAGCAUCCUCGCCACACAAGGAGCUACAGCAGCUUCAGUUGGAGCUCAGGCUGCUCGAAGCGCUCGAGAUUUAUCAUCCAUCCAAGCUCCAAGGCAUUCACCGGCACUUCAUUCUCUAUGGGCUCAUGGAAUUUCUAGAAAAGAGAUUAAACAGGCAUUUUAGUGCCGCAGAGAUCCUCCAAACCUUGAAUGGAUUCUACAACCUGGAAUUACUGAAACCCGAUGACGAAGAAGUGGAGCUAGCAAGCCACCAGGAAGAUUUCUCGUUGCCCUCGUCCGUCAGAGAAGAUCCAAAAGACGGUUGACAAGGACACGGAUGCGUGACACGUGUUGCGCAUCCGCCGAGUAGGGAAUUCUCAUUAACUCUUGACGCUUUGCCUCACAUUAGAAUCUUUGGCGAGCCCACAUUGACAAAAAACAAUCAUUGAACAACGUUGCCUUGUCCUUUUACUUCAUAUAAAUAUCAUCAUCCAUUUCCAUA